GCUUUGAAUUUGGCCCACUGCGCGGGCUGGCGAGCGGUCGAUUGAGAGUAAAUGUAUCUUGUGGACCCGCUCGCUGACCCGUAGGGUACGCGUUUUCGGCCCGUCGACCGCUAAAUGGAUCUUAGCGGAGAAGAUGCGCUUUCGCCAUGGAUGGCAUGAAGUUCACUGCGAGGAAUCAGAUAUUCGUUCCUCGUUUGGAAGUUGGGGUUGUCUUGAGAGAUGGAGUUGGCGACGCGCGCUCGAUUGAUGAUGGGACCAGUGGAACUGCUGGUGUCCAAGAUGGCUUGAUUUCCUCUGAGCCAGUGCGCAUGGAUGGGUACCCCCUAGAAGACGAAUCAGUUGAGCAGACGGAAGAAACAUUUGUCACCGACAGGAAUUGCAGCUCGUACAAUGGUUGUGGCGAAGGGGUGGGCGAUUCAUGUGAGCUAGGCGCUGCAAAUUUUAGAGAGGAGGAUGGCGUGGUCGUGUUAAAGUCAAACGGAUCUUAUUGGACCAGGAGGAUCAGAAUUGGCGAGGCGGCAGAUGAGAGGGAGCAGAGUUCAAGCAAAGUGCCUGCCCUGGGGACUUCAGUUCGUGCUUAUGUCGACAACAAGACUGGAAAUGCUAUUAAUUCAGCAAUUGGCACUAGCUUCGAUUCUGUCGAGGAGGGCUACGAAUUUUACAAUCUCUACUCGUGGGAAGUUGGUUUUGGUGCCCGUUACACAAAAAGCCGUUUGAAUGUACACCGGAAGAAGUGCACGCGCAGGAGAUAGUGUGCGCCUGUGCGGUGAGUCACCAAGACCAACAUUUUUUAUCGUGCUUGUGAGGAACGAUCAUUUAGGUUAAAUCUUACGUGGAGUGUGGUCUGUGAGUGUGUUUUCUGCAGGGUGUAAACCAUUGUAGGCUAAGAGAACUCUAGCAAACCCCGCAUCCCGCCGACCCGCAAAAUGCGUUUGCAGUUCGCGGUAGGCCGGUCGCAACGGCGGACCCGUAUAAAAGGAUAUUCGCAGAAUAUGCUUUUUUACGGGUCGGCUUUGCGAGGUCUGGUCUGGCGCCGCUCCCCCCUGCCCGCAAAACCUAA